AUGCACGAGAUCGUCACCCUCCAGUUCGGUUCACAAAGCAACCAUCUCGGCACUCAUUUUUGGAAUGCUCAGGAAUCGUACUUCACCUACCCACCUGAGCCCGAAUCAGCUGUCAACCAUGACAUUCACUUCCGAGCUGGAACUGCUCCGGAUGGCUCCGACACAUUCACACCAAGGGCUCUCAUCUACGACCUCAAGAAUGCUUUUGGGAGUAUGAGGAAGACUAACGCUUUGUAUGAAGCUGAAGAUGACAGAAACAUACUAGAUCAGACUGGAGUAUGGCCAUCGAAACCUGUCGUGCAGAGAGCUCAGCCAAUCCCACAGUCUGCCUAUCAACAGCAUCUCGAUGCAGGUUUAGAGCCACCGCAACUGAGCACAUCGACUGUCAAAUAUUGGUCCGACUAUAGCCGAGUCUACUACCACCCCAAGUCAAUCGUCCAACUCUCCGAAUUCGACGUGAACGACAAGCUCAUGCCCUUCGAGAACUGGGAUGUCGGGAUGGAGCUCUUCGAAAAACUUGAAAGAGAAGUGGACCUAAUGGACCGAGAUCUCAGGCCUUUUGUCGAAGAGUGCGACGGUCUCCAGGGCUUGCAAAUUAUGACUGGCGUUGAUGACGCAUGGGGCGGAUGGGCAUCAGGUUGGAUCGAGCGCUUGAGAGAUGAGUAUGGAAAGCUUAGCAUCUGGACAUGGGGCCUGGGCGACCAAGGUGCAAACACAACGAACAAGCGUCUGCAACAGAUUGUCAAUUCAUCGAAAUCACUGCAACCCCUCGCUGAACAGUCUUCAGUAUACAUACCAGUGUCUAACCGUCCGGCUAAGAUUCCGAACUACCUUUCCCUUGACGCAACAUCAGCAUGGCACGUGAGUGCCCUACAGGCUGUGGGUGUGGAAAGCAUGACACUAUCAUCUCGGUUGAGAAACUCAAAUGGAAGAGACGGAACCCUGCAAGACAUCGAGGAUACCAUCAACAGCACCGGGAGGCGAAGGAUAGCCAAAUUCGAGCUGAGCAUCGCCGACCCAGAUGCCCUGUCUGAGAAAACCGAUCAGAUGGCCCGAGCUGAAAAAGCUGGACAAUUGAGCGCAAGACGCACAAACGAGAGUGAGACCCAGUUGUGCAGCUUCGACAUUGACACAUUCUCCAAAGACUACAGGCUCGCCUCCGGCAAAGUCAGCAAGAAAGAACACGUAUUCGCACGAGCUGAAGCAUGUCGCGGACCAUGGAGCUUGUCAGACGAUGCAGGCCGCAAUCCCCGAGACAGGUAUGGUGAUGGACCUGGCGUUCAAAGAUACACGGCAGCCUUACUGUUUCCGGUACUUGACAGCUUCCCAUCUAUUUUUGAAAUGGGGUCCGGUCAUACUGGGAAACUUGCUGUCCACGCUGGGCUCACUACAAGCACAGCUGUCGCGGAGCAAGUGCGAGCAAUCGAGAAAAUCGUGAAGCGACUGGUGACGGUUGACGAAAGGGAGGCGCUUUGCAACGGUCUGCAAGCCAUCGCUGAGGAGUACGAUGAAGGGUGGGACGGCGACUUCACCGACAGUGAUGACGAUGAUUAA